UGCCGCUGUGCUCUCAUGAACGCGCGGCGCGCCUACUGGGCGGACAUUGAUUCCUCGCUGUCACCUGAAGUCAUGUUUUGAUUGUGAAAGUUUCCUCCAGAGGACUGAAACUGUAGAAAUGUCCUCUGAGACCAGCGGACACUUUGUUCCCCGUCGACGGGACUUCGAGGAGCGGACUGUGGAGAACCAGAGAAGAUGGAACUCUCCUGAAACGGUCCACGGAGCCCGGCAGCCCGGACUACACCAGCACACACACCGGGCUGAUGGCACCCGGACCCGACCUGGACUCCCAGUUGAUCCUACCGCCAGAUGGCCUUUCAUAGACGACCCGACCACCAGGCAGCCUCGGCUGGACGACUGCGAGCGGUUGGGGACUCUGUUUGGGAUGCUCAACAAGUACCUGCGAGGACUGGGAAUCAGCCAGAUGUACUUUGGGGACAAGAUAGUGGAGCCGGUGGUGAUCGUGUUCUUCUGGCUGUUGCUCUGGUUCCUGGGGAUCCAGGCUCUGGGACUGGUGGGAACUCUGUGCAUCAUCAUCAUCUACAUCCAGAAGGAGUGACCAUCAGCGUGGAGGCUUCUGGUUUGAAUGCUGACACACGCUGACGGACGGCUGCUGGACUUGGAUCUACGGCGGAUCUGUGCUUUAAAAGGGAGUGGGGCCGCAGCUCUCCUGUAGCGGCGGCGGUGGCUCAGCAGGUUUCUGGGAACGGUUCGAAGAUUGUUCAGUCAGAGUAAAUCCAGAGCUGGGUCCUCUUCCAGGGGGUUUCUGAUCUGGACCUCUUCCUGCCUCAGGCACAGGAGUAAACACGUUCCUCCUUCAGCGCCACGAGGAUCCAGAAACCCCCCCUCAGACCGAACACGCAGCCUCGUUAUGUGAUUGGAUAUUUGAGUUGAUCAUUUUGGGACAUUUCUGCACUUUCUAAAUUAAAAAGUACAUCUUUGUACUCUGAUUCAUUCCUUACAUGUUUAAUCUCUUCUGAUUGGUUCUGUGAUCAGACGCUCGACCUGAUGAAAUGUGCUUCCUGUGCUCAACACUAAAUUUGGGGAAACAGAAUUAAAGACGGUCUGCAGACUCUCGUUGUCAUGAUGUAAUGUGUUGUCAGCUGAUUUAGAGGAAGGCAUUGAGGGAAAUGUUUGACUCAGCAGCUGUAGAGUUACAGCACACACAGCAUGUCAUGUUUACUUUGUACUUUAUCCAGUUAUCAACAAUACAUGAUGAUUAUUGUUUCA